GGAAGGCCAAAGUGUUCAGGACAUGGGGCACCCCGAUGACUGGAGGCCACAUGUUGAGCUGACUAUUCACUGGUCCCCCAUGAAUAAACAGCGAGUGCUGGCACUAGUAGACACAGGAGCUGAAAUUACAUUGGUGUAUGGAAAUCCGGAGCGUUUUCAGGGACCAUGGGUUGAUAUAGAAGGAUAUGGAAACAAGCAAAUGUGUGUUAAACGAGUGACUCUGAUUUUGGGCAUUGGCCGUCUGUCCCCUGCUGAAUAUGAAGUGCAUAUAUCCCCAGUAGCUGAAUACAUUCUGGGGAUAGACAUUUUGCAAGGAUUGCAAAUACAGACAACUCAAGGGGAAUUUCGCCUGAGAGUCCGUGUGGUGAAAACAGUUAUACGGGGGCAUCCUCAUCAUGCACCUUUGAUUUUGCCACAGGCCACACGAGUGGUGAAUGUCCGGCAAUAUCAAUUGCCCGGAGGCCAUGAGGAAAUAGGACAGACUAUUCUGAAGCUUGAGGAAGCUGGUAUAAUUCGGGCUACGCAUAGCCCAUGUAACUCUCCAGUAUGGCCAGUGCGGAAGCCAGACGGCUCCUGGAGGAUGACAGUGGACUAUCAGGAACUGAAUAAAGUCAUUCCCCCCAUGCAUGCCGCGGUGCCGAAUAUAACAGAUUUGAUGGACCGACUGUCCCAUGAACUGGGUACUUGUCACUAUGUGGUUGACAUGGCUAAUGCAUUCUUCUGGAUAGACAUAGCCCUUGAGAGCCAAGAACAGUUUGCCUUCACCUGGGAAGGCAGACAAUGGACAUUUGUUGUGUUGCCGCAGGGAUAUCUGCACAGCCCUACACUGUGUCAUGGCCUAGUGGCCCAGGACCUGGCUACAUGGAGCAAACCGGAUACCGUUCGCUUGUUCCAUUAUAUUGAUGACAUAAUGCUAACCUCUGAUUCUCUUUCAGAUUUGGAAACCAGUGCCACAGCGCUGCGAGAAGCCCUGGCGGGCUGGGGGUGGGCCGUGAACGAGGACAAAGUGCAAGGACCUGGAUAUUCUGUCAAAUUCUUGGGUGUUGUCUGGUCGGGGUAACAGCAAAUACCAUGUUCUCCUGGGCACACACAUUCGCGCGAGUCCACAAUGUCUCUCACUGUUGGGUUUGUACUGAACUUCCUGUAGAUGCAGGAGAUGGACUGCCGUGGCACCUCCACCCCGCAUCCAGAGCUAAUUGGAGCACCUUGAUUCAAUGGAAUGCCAACAGGACAGCGAGAUCGCCCUGGGACUUGCGGUGGCAGACUAUUGAAGAAAUACUCUGACGUGAGCGGGGCAGUGCCCUCCCUAACUGGAAGGACUGUAUGGAAUGGGUGGGGAUGGAUGAAUAGUGUUCAUGUGAAAGUGAGGAAUUUAAGCCCCCUCUGUAUUGAGCAGCAGUUUGAACACGAGGCUCCAAACUGCACAGUGGGGUGGCUCCCAGAAGAGCUGUGUGCCAAAAUUACUUAUAAUGUAAAUGCCUCCACCUGGUGGGAUGGACGACCUCUAAUUGGCACAAAACCCACUGAUUUCCUGCCACCAUGGUAUCUGUGGGUAUGUGGCAUCCACGGGUGAUCUUAUCUCCGAGCUAAAUGGACAGGGCACUAUACUUGGGGUAGAGCUUACUUGCCCAGACAUAUCUGGCCCACUUUAACAGAGCGCCCCACAAAUUGGGACCCACUGCACACCCGGUGGCACCGGGGGAAGCAUGCAACUUGGUGGUUUUAUCCCAUGGCCCUGUUCCUGCCUGGUGCUGGGACCAUCAGUGUUGAAUAGCAGGUAGAAGUUUUAGCUCAGCACAUAUCAGCUGUACUGAAUGUUACUAGAAAAGCUAUAGAGGAAUUGUUAGACGAGACUACCCAGAUGUGAAAGGUAGUCUUACAAAAUAGAAUGGCAUUAGAUAUUCUCACUGCUAGCCAGUGUGGCACAAGUGCUAUGUUACAUAUUGAAUGCUGUAUCUAUAUACCAGAUCACCAGAAGGAAGUAAUUAAGGCACUGCAUGAAAUAGAUCAGGAAUUGGAUCGCAUAGAUCAUGUAACUCAAGACCCCUUUAAGAAUUGGUGGUCAUCCUUGACAUCCUCCUGGAGAUGGAGCCUAACUGUCCUGGCUAUUGUUGCUGUCUGUGUAUUGGUAGGAUGCUGUACUCUGUAUUGUUGUUGUGGUCUUUGGGUACAAUGCUCCGCCCUGUGGGCUAGGGUUCCCACGACCUAGGGGGUGGAAUGUGAGCUGGUGUUGAGAUGAGUUAAGGCCGUGGGACCCAAGGCCACCAUCAGAGCAUGUUUGUAGUAUGCAGUAAAUAAUUGCUCCUCGCAUGCGUCAAUUAUAUAAGGUUUAGAACAAGGAAAAUAGAAGUACGCAUGUGCUAG